AUAACAAACUCUUUCCCUUCACAAAAACUCCGUUCCCUCUGUGAAGUUCAACUCCCUAUCGCUAGCCAGAAUUUCGAGAUAUUUUUAUGUUUUUGUUCCAUAAUGCUGACAUGUUAAUUUCAAUUGUUCGGAAAAUUUGCUAGUAUCUCGAUAUGUAUAUAUACGUAAUAUAGUGUUCGUAUAUAUUAAGUUGUCGUACAAAAAUAUAUAUAUUUUUGUUGUUGAAAAUAUCUCUCUUAUUCAACGUGGCCUUCAUGCAUGUUUGGUACGUAUUUGAACAAAACCAUUGUAAAUUAUCAUUUCCCAUAAAUUGAGAUUAUUUACAAAUGAAUAACUUAUCGAUUGUGUACUGAUCCUAUGUUUUCUAUCUGAUUUUAUUUCUUACAAAAGAAAAGAAAAGGGCCAAGGUUGUGCUGUGAAGUAAAGAGCCUCAAGAAAGAAGACAAAAGUGAAAGGUGACAAUUGCAAGGAGUGAGGUAUUUCCAAAAAAUGAGAAGUGGACAAAAUAACGAUCAAGAAGCAUCCACUUCCUCUGAAUCAAAUACACCAUCAGAUAAGCCCGUCUCAGAUGAGAAAAAUCUAGCGACUGCCCUAAAAGGAGAUUGGCAAGCUGCUAAGAUUCUAAUUGAGAAAUAUCGAGAUCUCGUUCGUAGUCCCAUAACAGAACGGAAUGAGACAGCUCUUCACAUUGCAGUUGCAGCAAAACAAGCCACUUUUGUAAAAGAACUGGUCAAACAUAUGACUUCGGAGGACAUAGAAUUAAAAAAUAAAAAUGGAAACACAGCCCUUUGCUUUGCUGCUUUUGCUGGUGGAUCCAAAGUCGUGUCAAUUGCUAAGGAGAUGGUGAAAAAGAACAAGAAACUGCCAUCAGUCCGUGGUAGAAAAGAAAAGACACCACUCUACUUUGCAGCUUCGAAUGGACGUAGAAAGAUGGUGUCGUAUCUAUACGACGUGACUCCUUUUGAAGAUUUGAAACCUAUCGAACGCAUUGAUAUCCUUGUUGCCACUAUUUCUACUGAUAUGUAUGAUAUAGCAUUGACAAUUCUGAAAAAGGACCCAAGUACUUUAGCAACUAUGAAGAAUAGCGAAGAAGAGAUAGCAUUGCAAGAGUUGGCUAGAAAACCUCUUGCAUUCGACAGCAGAAGUCAGCUAUCAGUAUGGGAAAGGUGCUUCAACUCCUGGUUCAAAGGGACGUGUAACAAAGCUUUGAUCCAAUUACCCGCUCAUAAAUUAGUUCAACUCCUUUGGAGAGAGGUUCUAGUAUUGCCAGAAGACAAGUUCAUAGACCUCCUAGAGGAGCAUUCAUCUCUUCUUUUUGAAGCUGCAGAAUUAGGGAAUGUUGAAUAUUUAAUUAUUCUAAUAGGCUCUUAUCCUGAUCUCAUAUGGAGAGUAGACAAGAACGUACAAACAAUAUUUCACAUUGCUGUUAGACAUCGACAAGAGAAUGUGUUCAAUCUAAUAUAUGAGUUAGGCGCUAUCAAGGGUAUGGUUGCAAAAUACACAAAUAGUGAAUUCAACAUGCUACACUUAGCUGGACAAUUGGCUCCUUUAGAUCGACUUAAUAUCAUAUCUGGAGCGCCCCUUCAAAUGCAACGAGAGUUACUAUGGUUUAAGGAAAUAGAAAAGAUUGUGCCGCCUUUAUACAAGAAGUUGAAGAAUAUAGAUCGAAAGAGUAAACGUGUGGAUAUAUGUAUCUGUGAAUGUUUGGAGAAUACAUAUCAAAAAGGUCAAGUUGAGGAUAAAGAUCAAGACAAUAAAGCUGUGAAUACACCUUCAAACACGAAGACGGAAAAUACAGAUAAAAAAUGUCAACCUAGGGUUAUAGAUCAAGACGGUGGACUUGCGGCUACACCUUGGGAAUUAUUCAAAAACAAACAUAAAGAGUUAAAAGAACAAGGAGAAAAGUGGAUGAAAGACACAGCAAACUAUUGCAUGCUUGUGGCCGCAUUGAUUGCCACAGUGGUCUUUGCUGGAGCUUUUACUGUACCAGGUGGCAACGAUCAAGAAAUAGGAACACCCAUUUUUUUGAAAAGUAAGUGGUUUAUGGUGUUUUUCAUAUCAGAUGCAUUGGCACUACUCUUCUCUUCAACUUCAAUGCUAAUAUUUUUGUCAAUUUUGACUUCACGUUAUGCGGAAGAGGAUUUUCUCAUGUCAUUACCUACAAAGUUGUUGGUUGGAUUUACAACACUCUUCGUCUCUAUAGCAAGCAUGAUUGUAGCUUUUAGUGCAACUUGCUUUUUGUUCUAUUACAGUGAAGUGGCAUGGGUUCCAAUUAUUCUAAUUGCUUCUGCUAGUAUCCCAGUUACUUUAUUUGUUCUGCUACAUUAUCAACUUUGGGUUGAUAUUUUGCGAUCAACAUACUCGUCCAAGUUUCUUUUUCGGCCACAUAAACAUAAGCUAUUUUAGCAGAAGAUGUUGAUCAUUGGGCAAGUGAUUAGUAAUCUGAAAUGCAAGUGAAACAAAGAGGAAGACAAAUUAAUUUGUUAAAGGUGGUCAAGAGUUUUUAAACAAGGAAGGCUGGAGAAAGAAUUGAGCAAAAGAGGACUUUGAAUUGAUGUUCUUAUGAAUCAUUUCCAUCAAGAAUUCAACGUGAUCUUCAUUGCUUAGAACUACCAUUAUUUUUAUUUUCCUUUGUAAUUUUCUCUAUAAGCCCAUAGUGUGCUGAUUAUAGUCAAGCUACCAUUUACAGGAACUUCCUUAUGUAGAGUCACACAACGGCCAGCAAAAGGAGUUGUUUAAUUAUCUUAUCAUUUCAAUAAACAUAGUUUAUGUGUAAUCAAUUACUAAAGUACCGGCCAUUGUGUAUCAUUUAUGUUAUCCUAGUAAUAGUUAUCAUUUAGUUGUGGUUCUA